AUGAGUGCCGAUGCAGCAAAGGCUGGCUCAAUACCAGAGGGAGACUAUGAAAAAGGGAAAAAGAUUUAUAAGUACCGUUGUGCUCAAUGCCAUAGCAUCAAUUCAACACGUAGCCUUGCUGGACCAACACUAAAUGGUUUGAUAGGCCGAAUGUCUGGAACAGCACCAGGUUACGUCUACUCGCAAGGGAACAAACACAAGGGUGUGGUCUGGACCCGUGAAACAUUGUAUGACUAUCUUGCCGAUCCAAGAAAGUACAUUCCUGGUACGAAGAUGUUCUUCGUUGGAUUGAAGAAUUCCAAUGAACGUGCGGAUCUCCUCAAGUACAUCGAGGUCGAGAGUGCCAAACCACCCUCAUAA